UGUUGACGUCAUCGCCCCCUGGUAUCCAGAUCUUACACCCCAACGAGGCAAAGAAGUUUCUCUCUCUCUCUCUCUCUCUCUCUCUAGAGGACAGUGAGGAUGCUGAAUUUCCAAUUUGCAGAACAAAACGAGAGGAGUAUUGGAAGAGAGAAGACCGGAAGAUAAUAGAGAGAGAUAGAAAGAGAGUUCCGGAAUUUCUCAAAUUAGCCAUGAAAUUAGCUUCUCACUUGAAGCUCUUUUUAGCUCUGCCUUUGAUUCUCUCGCUCACAGUUCACACACUUGGGACGGGGCUCGAUGCAAUUAAAAGCUUGGGCAGCGAAAGCCACAGGAGAAUUCUGCACCAGCCAUUGUUUCCAGCGGGUUCUGCCCCGCCACCGACAGCUCAGGAGCCGCCGCCGGUCCCACCUCCGCCGCCGGACAGUUCGGGUUAUCCAUUCUUCCCGGAGGCCCCCGCCGGGACGACGCCGGAUCAGGUUCCGCCGCCGCCCGGUCCGAGUAAUGGCACCAUCCCACUCCCGGCGGCCGCAACGCAGUCCUCUAAGCCGACGAAGACGGUGGCGAUUGCAAUCUCCGUCGGGAUUGUCACAUUGGGAAUGCUGUCGGCGCUUGCAUUUUUCCUGUACAGGCACCGGGCGAAACACCCCAGUGAAUCUCAGAAGCUCGUCGGAGGAAAUUCCCAGAGUUUCGCCGACGAAUCGAGAGCGCCGCCGUCGAGCUUUCUCUACAUCGGGACCGUGGAGCCUUCGAAUCAGAUAUCAACUGGGGAGACAAAUGGAGCAAUUGGGUCACCUUACCACAAGUUAGAGUCGGUAAAGAGAUUGGAUCGGGAUCGCUACCGUCCGAGCCCGGAGCUGCAGCCGCUGCCACCUCUGACGAAGCCCGUACAGGCGAAUUCGCCGUCGGCGAUGUCGUGGUCGGACGAGGAAAGCCGCGAGACGGCGUUCUACACGCCGCAAUGCUCGUCGACGGGCAACGAUGAGUUCUUUUACACUCCCGUUACGCGUCCGAGCUAUCAGAACAACAACAGCUCCGCAGCCACCAUCAAAUGCGAUGCUCCGACAACAGCCGCUGUUCCUCAUUCUAAAAGAACCUCUCCCAAAUCGCGUCUUUCUAAUUCAUCCCCCAACAAGAGACACGCCGCCGGAACGCCGCCGGUAAAGCAACCUUUGCCACCUCCGCCUCCCCCGCCACCGCCACCUGUUCCUCAGCAGGCUGAAAUUCGGCACAGGGAACCAACAGUUCCUUUUCCUUCUCAAAGGGCAAAAUUCUCAUCCCACCCGCCACCACCAAAUUUGGCACUACUUCAAUCUUUAAGCAAACGAUCCCCAGAACUAACAAAAAUCCCAGCUUCGCAUCCUCCUCCUCCUCCUCCGCCUCCUCCGCCGCCACCACCGGCUCUAUCAACGCCGCGAAAAUUAGGAAAUUCAGAAACAAGCCCGUUACCAAAGGAACAAUCCAGAAGGUGGGCCAAUCCCAAAACUCCUUCUUCGACAGAAACGGCAAUGGCAGGGCAAGUAGUACCAAAUAAAAGAUGCGAUUCUGGAGAGCGGAUAGAGACUGAUGAUACAGAUGGAGUGAAACCCAAGUUGAAGCCUCUGCAUUGGGACAAAGUGCGAGCAACCUCAGACCGAGCCACAGUUUGGGACCAGCUAAAAUCAAGCUCCUUCCAAUUAAACGAAGACAUGAUGGAGACUCUUUUUGGCUGCAAUUCCAAAAACUUGGUGCCGAAAGAAGCAACCAGGAAAUCAGUCCUUCCACCUGUGGAGCAAGAGAACAGGGUCUUGGACCCCAAGAAGUCACAGAACAUAGCUAUUCUGUUGAGGGCAUUGAAUGUAACGCGAGAUGAAGUGUCUGAAGCUCUUUUAGAUGGUAACCCAGAGAGCUUGGGCGCUGAGCUUUUGGAAACAUUGGUAAAGAUGGCUCCAACCAAGGAGGAAGAAAUAAAACUUCGAGACUACAGUGGCGACAUCUCAAAACUAGGGUCUGCGGAACGAUUUCUUAAGACUCUACUUGAUACCCCAUUUGCCUUUAAAAGAGUUGAAGCCAUGCUGUACAGGGCAAACUUUGAUACAGAAGUAAAAUACUUGAGGAAGUCUUAUCAGACACUAGAGGCAGCAAGCGAAGAAUUAAAGAACAGCCGUUUGUUCCUUAAACUCCUUGAAGCUGUUCUUAGGACUGGAAACCGGAUGAAUGUUGGCACCAACCGUGGGGAUGCUAGAGCUUUUAAACUUGAGACACUCUUGAAACUUGUAGACAUAAAGGGAACAGAUGGGAAGACAACAUUGCUCCACUUUGUGGUUCAAGAGAUCAUUAGGUCUGAAGGUGCAGGUUCUGAUACUCCAAACGAGAAUCAAAACCAACUGCAGUCCAAGAUAAAGGAGGAGGAUUUUAAGAAGCAAGGAUUGCAGGUUGUGGCAGGGCUCAGCCGAGAACUUGGUAAUGUCAAAAAAGCAGCAGGAAUGGACUCAGAUGUCUUAAGUAGCUACUUGUCGAAGCUUGCAAUGGGACUGGAGAAAGUCAGAUCAGUUUUGCAGCAUGAGAAGCCAAAUAUGCAGGGAAAAUUCUUCGACUCAAUGAAGCUAUUUCAGAGAGAGGCUGAAGAGGAAAUCUCUAAAAUUAAGGCAGAUGAAAAGAAGGCCUUGUCCCUUGUGAAAGAGGUCACUGCAUAUUUUCACGGUGACACCGCAAAGGAGGAAGCCCAUCCCCUAAGAAUUUUCAUGAUUGUAAGAGAUUUUCUCUCCAUACUGGAUCAUGUUUGCAAGGAAGUGGGAAGAAUGCAGGACAGAGCAGUCGUGGGUUCAGCCCGAUCCUUCCGGAUAUCUGCAACUGCUUCACUGCCAGUUCUCAACAGGUUUAAUGUAAGGCAAGAUGGGAGUUCAGAUGAUGAAAGCUUGUCUCCAUAAAUGUGUCAACAUGAAGCACAAAAAUAUCCAUGCUGGGCAAUGAAAUUACUUGAUACUCCCGCAAGUCUAGACUAAUUUAAUUAAAAAGCACUGAGGGCAUUCUCCAUUUCUUUUGACAAUGUAGGAUGAUUGAGAACCAAACCGGAUUUGAAGAAGUUCAUCAUUGUCAAAACAUCAUGGUCCAAAGGGGAGAGCGUUUCUUGGAAGUGAGAACUGCAGAGGCAUAUAUUUCACUGCUCGGAAACCAAAUAAGGGGUAGCAGCUGCUUUGAAAGGUCAUAUGUCCCAUGAAGACUUCUUCACACUCCUCAAAGUUCACCAUCAUUCAGAUCAAGAUACAACAGCAAAGCAUCUACUGUGCAUACUCCAAUCUUUCUCUUACAAAUACAAAUUUCCUGAAUCAAGAUAGGGAUAGGGUUUAAUAGAAUGCUAAUGCUUUUUAUCUACAUUUAAUUGAUAUUAUUCAUAAUAAGUUCCACUUUUUCCAA